UACACUUAUGCGUCUGCGCAGAAGCUACAUACUUCUGCAGUAGAUGUCUGUGCAGUUAUGUUUGUUUCGAUCUGAUUCUUCACCAGGCUUAAAUACAAAAGAUGAUGCUCUCAAGGACCAAGCCAGCCAUUGGGCUAGGCGCAGGUCAGCAAGCAAAAGAUCCAAAGAAAAAGAAGUCACUGCCAAAGGUCGAAGACUUCUUGGAUGCCAGAGACUACACGGGAGCUAUCACACUUUUGGAGUUUAGCCGUGCUAGUGGUAAAGGCAACACUGAUACAGACAUGUGGAUUGCUUACUGCGCAUUUCAUCUUGGUGAUCACAAAAGAGCUAUGGAGGAGUAUGAGAGGCUCUGUAAGAAAGAUGGAUCCAAUCCAGAAUUAUGUCUGUACUUAGCCUGUUGCUACUUUUUUCUGGGCAUGUAUCCAGAAGCUGAUGAAUCUUGUCAAAAAGCUCCCAAGGGUAGACUGCAAAAUCGACUGCUGUUUCACCUUUCCCAUAAGUUUGGAGAUGAACGCCGAUUGAUGGGUUACCACCAACACCUGCAAGAUGUAAUAGAGGAUCAGCUAACUUUGGCCUCCAUUCAUUAUCUUCGCAGUCACUAUCAGGAAGCUAUUGAUAUUUACAAGAGGAUUCUUCUUGACAACAGAGAUUAUUUGGCUUUGAAUGUUUAUGUGGCUCUGUGUUACUACAAGCUAGACUACUAUGAUGUUUCACAAGAGGUCUUAGCAAUCUACCUGCAGCAUUUUCCUGACAGUGCAAUUGCUUUGAAUUUGAAAGCCUGCAACCAUUUCAGGCUUUACAAUGGCAAAGCCGCUGAGGCAGAGUUAAAAGCCCUUCAGGAAAUGUCUUCACAAUCAUUCCAGUAUGCUCAGGAUCUCAUUAGACAUAAUCUGUGUGUAUUUCGCAAUGGAGAAGGGGCUCUGCAGGUGUUACCACCAUUGAUUGAUGUUUUGCCUGAAGCCAGACUCAACCUUGUUAUCUACUACUUGAAGCAGGAUGACAUUACAGAAGCUUACAAUUUGAUCAAGGACUUGGAACCCACCACACCUCAGGAGUACAUCUUGAAGGGAGUUGUGAAUGCUGCCCUAGGGCAGGAGCAGGGAUCUAGAGAGCAUCUGAAAAUUGCUCAGCAGUAUUUCCAGCUUGUUGGUGGCUCAGCCAGUGAAUGUGACACAAUUCCUGGGCGUCAGUGCAUGGGGUCCUGCUUUUUUUUGCUGAAGCAGUUUGAGGAUGUACUUAUUUAUCUCAACUCUAUCAAGAGCUAUUUCUACAAUGAUGACCUUUUCAACUUCAACUAUGCUCAGGCAAAAGCAGCAGUUGGCAAUUUCAAAGAAGCUGAAGAGGUGUUUCUGUUGAUACAAAGUGACAAACUGAAGAGUGACUAUACCUACCUUAGUUGGCUGGCUCGGUGCUAUAUCAUGAACCGCAAAGCCCGGCUAGCCUGGGAGCUUUACCUGAAAAUGGAGACUUCUGGCGAGUCUUUCAGCUUGCUACAGCUUAUUGCCAAUGAUUGCUACAAGAUGGGUCACUUUUACUAUGCUGCCAAAGCAUUUGAUGUGUUGGAGCGCCUCGAUCCAAAUCCUGAAUACUGGGAAGGCAAGCGUGGCGCCUGUGUCGGGGUCUUCCAGCUAAUCAUUGCAGGACAUGAACAGAGGGACCAACUCAAAGAGAUCCUUCAUCUGCUUCGUAACACUAGCAACCCACAAGUCGAGUACAUUGUUCGAACUCUUAAAAUGGGGCCGUGACAACAAAGUUCAAUUAUGAAAGGGCAUCUUCCAAACAGGAGACACUGCGAGAUGUAAUCAACAUGCUUCGGAACACAAGUAGUCCACAGGUGGAAUACAUUAUCCGCACCAUGAAAAAAUGGGCCAAGGAUAAUCUUGUACCUGUUCCCUGAUCUACGAAAGUAAUUUUUUUUUGUUCUGCAACAGAUUUUAUUAUGUGUGAGGGAGUAAUUUGUGUUGUUCUCAACAUUAAACUUUAAGGAAAAAUAUAUUUAGAAGGGAGUGGGAGAACCACCAAUGCUUGGGUUUACCUUAGCACAUGUUUAUUUUUCUUCUAAGAAACCACUGAAAUCCGUCCAUAAAAGACUUGCUAAUUACAUCUUCUGGUUUGAGUACUUAGUUGUUAUACUUCAUAAAAUGGUUGACAGAGUUUGUGGUGCCUGGGUGGGUGAAUGAACGUGGAUGUGUUGGAGAGUACAUCUGACUUUUUAACAUGACAGAUAGCUUUUCAUAAACUAAGUUAAAAACAUUUGUUUGAUGUAAAACUCAUACAUUCCUUCUAGUUAUUUGUUCAGAUUUGAAAUUUCACUGUUUGUUUUUAAUAGUUUUUGUCAUGAACUCUAGUCAUUGGAAAAUCUUGAUGCAUUUGUAAGUUUCAUGAAGACAAUUUUUCCUGCUGUUUCUGAUUAAUAUGCUCAGAAAGUAAAAAUUGUUGUAAAUGAA